CUCUCCGUUGCCGUCAGAUUCUGUCAAAUGAGCAGAUUACCAGAAAUAACCGAUCUCUUCGCGAGGCUCGCAUCAAAUCUCCAAACCCUAAAAACAACGGUCGGUGAUGAAGAUCAAACCUGUGAUCUCUUAAUUUCAAAUCUGAACUGUUCUCUCAAUCUGAACGAAAAUUCUAGGGUUAGGGUUUUGGACACUGCGCUCUCUUUGAUGGGCUUUAGAGCACCACAGGUCUUUGAUUCAGGGAUUGAAUAUCUGGUGAGGACAAUUGUUACUGUUCUGUCUUCUACAAUUGCUUGCAAGGUGUUGCGGUUUCAGAAAGAAGAGGUUUUGCAAAUCGGUAGCACAAUCUCGAGGCGUGAUUGUGCAGAAUUGAUCGAAUUUUGUGCUGAUGUUUUGGGGAGAUUGGAUGGACAUGGGAUGCUUUCUCAUACACUAUUGCAUGCUGUUGUAAGAGUUGCAGUAUCAGCAUCUUGCUUUCGUUAUGUAUUAGAAUUGACACCUAUUCUUGAUGUAAAAUCAAUCGAAGGAAGAAGUCUAGCUGUUUCAAAGCUGCUCUGUCAUUUGCAAAAGGAAAUCUCUCUUAGAAACGAAGAAAUACCACUGAGGCUGUUGCUGUGGUAUCUUGACCCUCUAAUUCUAAAGAAUGAUCUCUUACAAAUAUUGCAAGAAGCUAUUAGAAGACCUUUUCUUUGUUUGAAUAUUGUAUUUUAUGAGAGGACAGAUUGGCGCCUUAUACUUUUAUGCUUGGCACUUACUCCUGCUAUGUUUAUCGAGACCAGGGCUCUAUUACAUAACUGGUUUCUGAUGACGGGCUUGGCUACUGUAUUAGAGCUUCAAAUUGAGCUAGUCCGGCUGAUACUUGAUGUAAUUUCCAGACCAACGUGGUGGGGCAUAACUAUGGAAGUGGGGUCAAAUUUACCUUCUUCUCAUGCAUACUUUCCGCAAAAACACCACUUGAUGAGGACUUUGGCUGGACCACUCUCAUUUGAAAAUUUUCUACACUUGGUUCACAGUACAAGCAAACCAGUUCCCAAUGCUAAAAGUUAUUCUGAUUCAACUCUUAAGCAAGAUGCGACAAAAUUUGCAAUGAUAGGUCACAAAUCUAUGUGGGCUAUGGCAAUGAACUUCCCAGAGUGGUUCUUUUUCGCUUCUUUAUUGCUCUUUGCUGGGAAAAACAAUCAAGAUAUUUUCCAUUCAGAAUGCACAUUAGGGGCUGCUGAAACUGAACAAUCUCAGGAUAUCGAUCUGCCUUGUUUUUCUGCUUCUGCUGCAAGGCACAUUGCAUGGAUUCUGAGCCCCAUCAGUGAAUCUCAUCAAAAUCUGCUUGUUGAUUCUCUGAUUAGAAUAUCAGAGUCAUGGCGACUCAAGCUAUUUAGCUCAGAUAACCAUUACAAAGUAAAAGCUGGCUACAAGAAAAAACUCAAGAAACCCAAAUUUCAUGACAUCAGUGAGGAAAGUCCACUCUUAAAGGAAUUUGAUUGUAGAACUAUCCAAUACUGGCUCCAGGAAUUUCAAGACAUUUACAUCAAAUAUUGGAAUGAAAUUGUCAACAGUUCUGCAUCAUUUGCAGCAAAAUCAUCAUGUGGGAUUAGCCUUAAGCAAAGUGUGUUGUUUAGGAAAAUCCCGUUAGGCAUUUUGAUUGGAUAUUCUACUGGCAUUAAUGAAGAUGGAUGUGAGCUGCUGCUGCAUUAUGUUGUAACUGGUUCCAUACUGCAGUUGACGGAAACUCAGACUGCUGGAUUGAACCAUCGAAAAUGGAUUGCUGGAGAGCAGGAAGACUUUGACAAGUGUAAUAUAAAGGAAGCUGUGGCAGGAGCCUGCCUUGUAUUCCGCUUAACUGAUGUUGUUGAGAGUAUGUCAGCUUCAAUGUUUGAUACUGAAGAGGGUGGAAUAGACUCUAUUUGCCGGUUGAAGCAGAGGACUGGCAAAUACUUGUUUAAAUGUAUUAAGAAGCUACUCCAACUCAAUAUUGAUGAAGAUAAUGUACUCAUGAUGCUAAGGGAUCUUUACAGUAGACUGGUACGAUGGAGACAUCAAGGUCGAGAUGUAUUUCAAGGAUCCGAGGAUCUGAAUGAUGCCAUUGAAGCCUUGAGUAACAAACUAUCGUCCUGCUGAUGAGAUUUGUGAAGCAUAGGCAUUUUUGUAAUCCUUGUAUGGAAAUGAUUGUUUUUUGUUUAUUUUAAUCUGUAAAUAUGUGCAAUAUUUUGUAUUCUUGUUGAUCAUCAGUCUUUGCAAGUUAGCAAACUCUUUUUCUUUACAUUGUUCUCAAAUAAGUCUCUCAUUCUUGUUGCAAGGUCACCUCUCUCUGCUCAUCUACCAAAUUUCUGAGUGCAUGGUAGAAGUUAUGGAACCAAAAAAGAUAAAUUUGG